UCUUGGGAACGAGAAGAUAGAAGAAGGGCAGGGGAUGGCAGCGAUACCGGCAGCAGCAGCAGCGGCGGCGAUUUGCCCUCUCGUCUCGAUUCAGUCGCGGCGGCGGCGGUGGCGGCUGGGCCGAAUUGCCGUGCGCGCGGCGGCGAGUGAGGAGGUGGCGGUGCACACGGUGACCGUCCACGAUCGGCAGCGAGGGCUUGUGCAUCGGUUCCAGGUGCCGGAGGAUCAGUACAUCCUCCACACCGCCGAGGGGGAGGAGAUCGAGCUGCCGUUUUCGUGCCGGCAUGGGUGCUGCACGGCGUGCGCGGUGAGGAUCAAGUCGGGGAAGAUCAAUCAGCCCGAGGCGCUGGGGAUCUCGGCGGAGCUCAAGGCGCAGGGGUAUGGGCUGCUGUGCGUGGGCUAUCCUCUGUCGGACGUGGAAGUAGAAACCCAGGACGAGGACGAGGUGUAUUGGCUCCAGUUUGGGCGAUACUUUGCGCGGGGGCCUGUGGAGCGCGACGAUUAUGCCCUGGAGCUUGCCACUGGGGAUGAGUGAGCGAGAUAAAUUUUGUGCUUAUAAUUUAUAAACGUGUUUAUAAAAUGGUUUUAGUAUAGUAUAAAACUUGGGUUUAGGCUGAUGAUUCUAGUAAUCUUAUAGAAAUAUUUUUGAAAUUUAAACUGAAUUUUCCUAA